GUGCUAUUAGAUAUCAAGGGCGGUGAGACUCAGUGGUCAUGGCAGACUCCUCCAUCGUCGCCGUCCUCUCUUGGGUCUCGGAAGUCCUCCAUGUGCUCCAUCUCUUCACUCAACUCCUCCUCCUCCUCCUCCACACAUUCUCCCUCACACCAUAACCGUACACGUUCUGUCAGCCAGGGCACAAGGCUGGUGAGUGUGUCAUCGCAGGACUCAGGGUUUACCUCGCAGGACACCCUCUGCCACCCUUCACACCCUCACACCUCAACUGCCCUCCAGGCAUCAGGGUUGUCAGAGCAGUCGUGUGGGUCUGAGGGCAGCACACCAUCACCUGCCACAUCCAAUGCUACCUGGCCCAACCUCACUGAUCCCUCGCUGCAUCAGAAGGCUGCACCAAUUCUCUCAGACAGGCCACACACCAUCUCCUCUGCAUACGAGAAGGGGCGAGACCGACCCCCAUUGACCGUGUACACAUUUCAGCCUCCAGAAGGACGUGGUGGCCUGGCAUCUCCCCAGAUCUGUUCCCAACCUUGUAGCCCAGUCUGUCUUGAGCUUGAAAGUGGGUGUGUGAGUCCCCUGGUUGGCCUCACUGCCACUAUUUCUCGACGAUCGUCUCGUACUUCACUUCAUCACAACCUUUCCUCCUCCAGCCAGGAAAGCCUCACAACAUCUGGUAAACCCAAGCCUCCCGUGCCAAAUCGUUGUUCAUCACUUGAACGUCCAGCUGUACCAGAGAAGAAGCCCAUUAUUCGUAACCAACAGCAUCAACAACAGCCACAGAUACAGUCACAGCCACAGCGAGCAAUGUCACAGUUUGGCUCGAAUAAAAUGGUGCCAAUGGUGCCAGAUUUUAACUUGGCAGCUCCUGAUAUGAUUGUGCCUCAGCCAGUAUACAGCAAUAUGGCAGAGUUGUGUGGUGGUGAUGGGGGUGGUGUCGUAAGUGGAAACUCAGCAUGUACUGGCAGCGAAGUAACAAACCCUGAAGGGUCUAACAUUUCUCUCGCAUCUAGUGGCAAUGGGUCACAACCAAAUUUGCAACAGGAAGGUGCUACUGUAUCUGAUGAAAUUGAUGCAAGCAAGUACUGCACACUGCGCCGGUACUCAGACCAACCCCUUCAACAUUACCAGCCAGGAAGGGUGGUCCUUCGCAGACACCUCUCUCAAUCAGGUGUUGGCUCACCACGUAGCGGCACAUUGCGACGAUCAGGUUCUCACGGACAAAAACCUCCUCCUCCUGUACGUCGAACACCAUCAAUCACCACUAUCACAACAACAGUUCCUUCUGUCACCUCCUUGGCAGAUCUCAACCCAGGUUCUCCAAGCACAAGUCUCAACAACUCGCCCACGCACCUGACUUCUUCCACUAGCACCCUUAGCGGUAGUAGCAGUGUGAAUGGAAGUGUAAUUACUGGUGGAAGUGCAAGCCCCAGUCAAGGAAGUAGUAAUGGUAGCCCUUUACAACGAACAGACAGUGAGUCUAGUACUCCUGUAGGAUCACUUGAAAAUCUUCCCCCUCCUCCAGCUUUCUUGUUGGAAGAUGGCACAGAAGAAGCUAAUCCAACUCCUGACCCAGACCUAACUACUCCAGAAGGAGUAAGAUUCAUCUGUGAUCCAUUUGCUCCUCCAGCACCUAUCCAAGACAAGUGUUUCCAACAGCGUACAAUGACGGUGAGUGAUACUGUGAAAACACUACAGGAGAGUCAGCAUCAGCCUCCAUCUCCAGUAAGUCACCGGAGAUCACAGUCCUUGCGUUGCAACCAACCGGCACACAAGGCAGUCCAGUUGCUGGAAGAACGAAGGGUUUCCUUAGAAGAUGCCAGAGCAUCUUUAAUGACAACAUUAAAUGCUAAACUUGCUUCCCAGAUGAACAGUCAGCAACAGCAGCAAUCUAAACAGACCCAGAAACAAUAUCAUCAGCAAACUAGGGAAGGUAGCCAGUCGCCACGUAUGAGUCGCGCUCGUCUAGGAUCUGUGCAAGAAGGCACGGCUAUGGAUAGUCCUUUUCAGUCUCCAACGCAUCAUCCAGUGAUUCCAACAAACAAACAAGGCCAUAUUUAUUUAAACAAACAUCAGCAAUUGCCAUACCAGACAACAAUCUACCAACAUUCAACAUUUAGCCAGCCUAAUUUACUUCAAUUACAGCAACAGCCACUUCUGAAACAAAUAAAUGCUUGCGAUGGCAUGCACGGCAGUGUUUAUCAGCCAGGUGUAGGAAUUAACAAGGAUCCAAAUCAACAAGCAUUUCUGCAGUCGUUAAAUGAAAAACUUUCACAGAGGCAACAAGGAGUGGAAGUGGUUACUUCCCCAGGAUCACCACAACUUCGUUCUCGGUCUAACUCUGGAGCAGCACCUCCACCCAACCCAAAACCUCAUCCAAAUGGAAGUGCUGCAGGAGCUCAGGUCCAGCGUUCAGGAUCGGGUGCAAGUGAAAAGGCCUCAAAAGUACGGCAGUGGAUUGCGAGCAAGACGUUGGGUUCUGAGAAAAAGAGCAGUGCCGAUUCAGCCGCUCUCCGGGAGUCGCUGCUAGAUCAGAUCAAACGUGGAACAACGUUGAGGAGAGCCAAACAUGUGGCUGACCGAUCAGCACCAAAAGUUUCUUGACUUAAUAUACCCUAGCUUGUUAGAAGAUUUGAAAGGCUUCAUUAUCAAAGAAAGAAGGAGGCUCUUGAAUCUGUGCGAGUUUUGUCCAAAAAGCUUCUUGUUGUAUUGUCUGGUACAUAUAUAUAGGUGCAAGAUCUUGAAAAAUAUUUACUUGUAUCUCUACACUUAUAACCAUAACUUAUUGGAAUGUAUCAUUGUAAAAAUGAAGUUGCUUUAGUUUUUUGGAUGAUAAAUUGUGUUUUAUAGGCCUCAAUGUUGUAAAGGCAUGUACCACUUACCUAUAACCUUUAAAAAUAAUUCUUAGAAUCUCGCUGUAAAUCAGAAUCAGUAUUGUUUAAAUACUUAAUGAAAUGUUAUAAUAUAUAUUGAACUAGGAUAUUGAUUUGUGUAACAUAAGAUGGUGGUACAAAAAUUCUGUACCUUGAUAAUGGAAGUACUUUUUAUUUUAUGGAAAAUCCCAUGAGCUACAUAGGAUCCACAAAUGAGCUGUAAAUGUUCACGUUGAGAACAAUGUAUAUAUUUAUAGUUGCUAGUUGUCAGUCUUGGCCACAUUCCCGGGGCAUGGAUAUACAGUACAUUAUUCAAAGCCCAUUACACUUCUCAAGCACAUUGAGGAAAUGAGCUUUAUACCUACACUGCUGACCAUUGAAUGUCACAUGUUAUACACUCUUUAUUACAUACUUUUCUUCCUUUAUGACUGAGUGGUUUAGUUUGGAAUGUUACAGACCAAAAGAGUGAGUGAGAAGGAUAUGAUUUUCUGGUCAUUUUUUUAUAAUCUAAAUCUGAUGAUUAUAAGUUAAAUCUUGAUUUAUAGAAUACUACCUGUAUAUUGGAGAUCCUAGCUCUAAAUUAGUUCUACUUUGAUGACGAGCAGACAAUUGUGCUGUAAACCAUCCUUGCUGUGUUGUCUGUUGUGUUAACUCAGGAUGCAACAUUCCUCAUUAACCUUACUUUAUCUUUCUUUAGUACUGACGACUGAGUUUUUUUUUAUAUAUAUAUAUAAAUAUCACUAGAAAUUAUUUAGAUGAACCUUACCUUAAAGAGAGCUACAUUAGGUGUGAGGUUUCUGUGACAAAAUGAAUUUAUUUGUUUUUAUUCAAUAUUUUCUGAGUCCAGUCCAAUAGUCUCAAGAGUUUACCUUUAUUUAAGUGCACUGGAGCAGUGACUGCUGUAUAUUGAGUAGCUUUAGAAUUUUAUUUGUUCUGCCAGUGACACGAAUAACUUUAUUUUAGAAUAAUAAUACUGUACUGUAAUAUAUUCAUGUACAGUACUUUAAAUAUAGUUUGGCAGAUGAGGAUAUUGAUAGGAAUAAAAGAAAAAGAAAAAAAAGACAUUUAUGUUUUACAAAUACUGUAAGUGUAAGGAUUGUUUCAGUCUGGAAAGGUUUGUCUAAACUGUGCAAGCAACAAUUGUGCUAUGAAGAGUAUUGUUGAAAGAUGUGGAACAGUAAAUAUGACCAGUAAUCUUUAACAUGUAAGUAACUCGUAUCAACCUGUUACCAGUGACUGAACUUCUUCAUAAAUCUGUUUGCAAUUAUUACUGCUUUGUUUGGUUCUGUUCAAGCCUAUAAUGUUUAUUUACAUGUUUGCAAUGUUUGAUCAUAAUAUAAACAUCCGAUAUUUAAUAUUAAGAUGUAAAAUAGAUUCUAAAUUGUAACUCUAGUCACUCAACAGUUGGAAUAAAAGUGAAAUAGAAGAUUAAAAAUUUAAUUGUAAGAUAUUGUGCAUGGAAGCUCCACUUUAUUUCAUUGUAAAUAUCAGAGGACAUAUCAUAUUACAAAACUUAAUGAAAACUAUUAUUGUAUGUAUUAAUAUGAGAAUAAUUAUAAAAGUAUCUGUAAUCAUGAUCUUCAAUAUGACUAGCAGUAUUUGAACCAUUAUUUAAAAGUUGUCACUACAUGACAUGGACAACCAUAUCAAAGACCAGAUGAAAAUUACCACUGAGAUAAGAUCAACGUGCAAAUACUGUACAGUAUGCCAUUUCUCCACAGCUCCAUAGUGUGUAGUGCUAUGGCAUUAAGUUUGUUUGGAGUCGCAAGGGUCAGUUUCUCUUCUCCUGAAGCAUCACAUUAACAAUUACAUUCAAGGGCCACUGUUGUGACAAUUAUUUUUAUGUAGAUUUUUGUAAAGGAUAAUAAGUGAGCAUUACUCACUGCUGAAGCUUUAAGAAACUUGUUUUCAUAUAAAAUGAAAAUGAACUAUUGAAGCAACUUGUCAGUUCACACUUGGGUAUUGUCAUAAAUGAUAGCUAUCAUCAUAGCAAAUGUCAGGUGUGUUAGUGCCUUUCCUUUUGUAGAAGUUCAUUGCGUCCAUGGAAAUCAAACGCACUAAAUUCUCCAUUAACUGGACUUCUUUUAACAGGAAAUCUCCAAUAACUGGAUUUAGGAGAACCACAAGAGAUACUCUUACAGAAUUUUUGAGAACAUUCUCCACAAGGGUCUACUUAAUAGUACUGUACUCGUGUAUAUUGUAAGAAGGCUCAUUGGUCCCCAUUUCCUAAUAUGAACCAUUUUUAUGUACGUAAUGUGAAAAUUGAGCUCUAAAGCUUAGGGUGUCAAUAUGUUUGGGGCUCAAUGGGCCAUUGCAAAUGGAACAAUGUUCAUUUUCCAUAAAAAUCAGGAUUCAUUAGAAUAUGGGGCCCAUUUAAACUCCACAUCCUACAUGGAUCCGAUGAUACUGGGUUUUACUUGAACAUUGGCCCAAGAAACCCCAUACUAAUAGAACAGUACGGUUAUGGUUCAAACUUAAUUUUCCUUGAACAUUUGGUUAUAUUUGGACAUGAGAACCAGUGCACCACACAUCUUAACGAGACCUACAUUUUUUUCAAUUUUUUAACAGAAGCAUAAUUGAUAUACAGAAUAUUGCACAAGUGAUCAGAAAAAAAUCCAGUUAAGGGAGAAUUUUGCUUGGUUAAGGGAACAUUCACUAGUAAGCAGAAUUCUCUUUUAACCAGACUGGCUGCUCACCAGUUAAGGGAGAGUUUAGUGUUCUAUUUGCCCAACAUUUCAGUCAGAUAAAUUUAAUUAUCUUGUAGAGAGUGUUAAAACUGUUACUUUGUUCUCAGUAUAGUUCAUAAUUGCAGACAAGUAUGACAUACAAAACUCAAACCAAACUCAUUUUGUCAAAUAUCAUUUUCAACUACAGUGCAGUAAUCCCCUCCAUUUAUACCUGUGGACUCUACUCGUAACUUACACAAGAUAAGUAAUGCUCUGUAUUCCUAUUGGUACUGAACUCACAGUAAUGGUAUCACACACAUGAUAAGAUUAUCUUCAGGAACACUUAACAGUUUUGGUGUUGUUUGGUCUAACACUGGAUCCUAUCUCUAAUUUAGAAAUAUAAAGUGGUAAAUAGAUAUGAUAAAGAAAAUGGUAAAUGGGUGUAACAGUAACAUUUGAGUUUAAUUCUGCUGUAGCAGGGAGCACUUGUGUGGUAAUUCCACACGUUAGCCAAUAUCUGCCGGCACAUACCUGAAAGCCUAGUAUGGCUCCCAUCGAUGAGCUCGCUUUACACCUAUGAACGUCAUAUAUACGUAGAUUGAUUGCUACUUUCUUAUUGGUAGGAUUAAACUUUCUUUUAUAUGACAAUAAUUAGUUUUUGAUGGAAGAUUUUUCUGCCACAUGUUUUGUGUAUAAAUCUGUCAUAGGUAAUUAUUAACCCAAAUAAAGAAUAAAAAUAA